UGGGACUUGCUGAUCCUGAGGUCUUGUCCAGCCUAAGCGACCCGGUGGUUCUGCUGUCCCACCAGGAGCAGCUCCCAGCCCAGCCUGCCGGGAGAUCAGGGCCAGUGCCAGAUUUAGGGAGCUGUGCUCUCCGGCAUUCCCAGUGACUCCAGGGAUGUCAGAGCCUCCGUCCCUGGCUCUUUCCCUCCAUCAUUUCUGUGCAGUCCAUGAUUUAACCCACUGAGCCUCUCCAGCGGGGCCAUAAAUCCAUAAAUGGUGGCGCUGGGGGCUGAGGGGGCCGCUGCCCCCUGUCCCAGCUCUGCCUGUGCCCGCUGCAGGGAUGCCAUGUGUGGGAAGAUCCAGUGCCAGAGCUCUGCCAAGAAGCCGCAGGGCACCAACACGGUGUCCAUCGACACCACGAUCCGCCUCAAGGGCCGCGAGGUCAAGUGCCGGGGCACCUUCGUCUACAGCGCCAAGGACGACCAGGAGGACCUGUCCGACCCGGGGCUGGUGCUGACGGGCACCAAGUGCGGGGAUGGGAUGGUGUGCAAGGACCGGCGGUGCCAGAACGUGUCCCUGUUUGAGCUGGAGAAGUGCGUGUCCCGCUGCCACGGCCACGGGGUGUGCAACAGCAACAAGAACUGUCACUGUGACCCCGGCUGGGCCCCCCCGUUCUGCGAGAAGCCAGGCCUGGGUGGCAGCGUGGACAGCGGCCCCGUGCAGAGCCACACCCACGAGUCCAUCCUGAUCGCCCUGGUCGUCAUCUCCCUGUUCCUGCUGCCCGCCCUGACGCUGAGCAUCUACUACUGGUACCGGCAGGAGAACUCGCUGCUCAGCAGGUGGCUCCAGGAGGGCAGGCACAGGGGCCACGGCGCCUGCAGGAACAAGUCCAUUGGUCGGAAGUCGAGCAGUGCCCAUGCCAAAGCUGCUUUCACCCUGAGGAACAUUUCAGCCUCCAGCCACCCCACUAAGAGCCCACGGAGCGCGUUCCUGCCCAGCCCCGGCGCUGCCCAGCCCGGCUCUCAGCCCAUCAACGUCGUGCACCCCCUUCGCCCGGCCCCCCGCUCCAUCCCCCCCCGCCCCCGGGACCCCAAACCCGCCAGGCCCCCUCCCCCAGCCACCAAAUCGCCCCUGCUCCCCCCCAAAGCCGGCGCCUCCCAGGCCAAGCUCCCGCCUCCGAAGAAACCUCUUCCCUGCAGCCCCGUGAGGAGCCCCCAGGUGGCCCCAAAGCAGCAAGCCCCGCGCCGGCCGCUGCCGGGGAGUCCCCUGCUGGCCAAGGAGCUGCCCCCCGCGCACGGACAGACCCUGCUGGUCAUGGUCCCUCCCUCCAACUUCAAGGUGCCGGGGACGAGUGGCUCCAGCCACCCCACGAGGCCGCUAAAACCGAUGCCACCUCAAAGGCCAGUCCCAGCCAUCAAGGUCCAAUCCACCUCCUUCUCCUCAAAGAAGUGACAGCCCCAGGACACCUGGCCCACCCUUCCUGAGCUGGCUCUCCUGAUUUGCACUGCUGUGGCCACAGGGCUCGCCCGUUCCUCCUGUUUUAGUAACCCUUUUGAUACCAGAGGACUAUUUUUGUAAGACAGAAUUUGUAUUCAGCACACAAACUGUAGUGGUGGGUGGAGAGGGGACAUUGGCGCCACGGCUGGACCAGGGGCUGGUUGAGGUGGGGUUUCCAUGACUGGGAUCCCACCACGGCUCUUGGCACUGCUUCCUGGCCGAUUUCCCUGCCAGCUUCAGUUCUUUGGACACUGCACGCGGGCUGGGAAGGGCUGACUGGGGGAAGUGAACGUUCCCACCGAUGGAAGAUGCUGGUGACAGCGUGAUGUCCUUGCAGCUACCUCCUCCUCCUCCUCCUCCAGGCCUGCGAGCCCCCAGCUGCUGCCAGCACAGCUCCAUGCUGGGCACCGUCUGGGGGGGCGUUUGCCUGACAGAAACCUGGUGCCCAGUUUGGGCUGGGCCACGCAGGGCUGGCACAUUUCCAUGAAGGAUCCAAGUUCUCAGGCUCCUCCCGGCCUCCUGUCCCAUUGCACAAGGAAAAGCGGUGACGGUCCUGGGGUCACCUGGAAGGAGAAACUGUCUGGGAAUGUCUGAAUGCCCCCAGUGCUGGUGGCAGCUGCUUUCCAGGGUGCUUCUGAGGGGCUCGGGAGCCCUCACAACGCUGCCUGUUCCCUGCUCCUGGGCCAAGCCCAGCAGAGGCUCCGGGAGCCGCUCACACUCCAGGGGGAAGGAGCCAUGAGCCGGGAACAAGAGCAGGGAAACUCCUGCCCGUGCCUUGGCUUGUCCCGAGCCUUGGCCAAGCCACUGCACUUCUCUGUGCCUCAGUCCCCCCUGGGGGUGUUUCCUACCUCGCAGGGCUGUUGUGAGGUUUGACAAAGGGACUCUUGGAAGGGCUCCCCAACCCUCCAUCCAAGGUGCUGUUGACCUGCACAGUUUGUGCCACUUUCCUGUGACUUGACCUGCGGCUCGAUCAGGGUCUGAGAUGACAACAAAGACUUUGA